ACGGGACGCGCGAGGUUGUGCGCGUCUCACCGGACUGCGAUUCCAAAUUAAUAAAUUAAAACUUUAGUGUUCUUAUUUUAAAAAUAAAAAAAAAAUACCUAGGUACAAUGUUAAAAUACACAGUGAAGAAAUAUUGUUCGGAGGGCAGCAAGGUGCAUCAAAUUCUUAUAGCGGUUUUGAUGGUCCUCCCCGUAUUCUCCUACGGGACAGCGGUAGGAUGGAUGUCCCCCAUGGGGCCCCGGCUCAUGUCCGAGGACUCCCCAGCAGCUGAGCCAGUCCAUGCCGACGUCAUAUCCUGGAUGGCCUCAGUGGCGUACCUUGUGGGGACCCCGGCUGUAUUCUUUUUUGGAUAUAUAGUGGAUAACUAUGGAAGGAAAAAGGCGUUGAUGUUCACCUCUUUGUCUAUGGUGGUCUGUUGGGGCCUAAAACUCUAUUCCACCGAGACCUGGGCGCUCAUCACAGCGCGAGCUAUCAUCGGGCUCGGAGUCAGUGGCUCCUACGUGGUCACACCUCUAUACAUCAAGGAAAUUAGCGAAGACUCAAUAAGAGGGGUACUUGGCAGCUUAGUGGUUCUAUCACAGAACUUCGGAAACCUUGUGGUGUACAUUCUGGGAGAAUAUUUGAGCUACCACGCGACGCUUUGGAUUUGCUUGGCAGUGCCGUUAUUACAUCUUCUGGUAUUCACGACUAUGCCGGAGACGCCAUCUUAUUUGUUGAAAUGCGGUAAAGUUGAGGAGGCUCGGGACGCCCUCGCUUGGCUGCGAUGUCGGGAGACCUCAGAGCCCACAGUCGACAGUGAACUACAACUACUCCUGUUGGAACUAGAGCAGAACAAGGAGGGAAGAUUCCUGAGCAACAUUAAGACUUUGAUUUCCGACCGAAGCACCUUCCGAGCCUUCCGAAUCACGCUGAUCAUCACCCUGGCACGAGAGAUGUGUGGCUGCCUCACUGUCCUUCACUUCGCCUCGUUAAUCUUCAACUACGCAAGCGCAGACGGGUGGAUGCUGACUCCUAACCAGCAAGCAGCCUUAUUAGGAGUCGUCCAGCUGAUUGGCUCGUGUACUGCUUCUAGUUUAGUGGAGAGGACUGGUAGAAAGAUGCUUCUGGGCACCACAUGCUUCGUGUCCGGGAUAGCUCUGUGCGCCCUGGGCUCCUGGUUCUACGUGUCCAGCGUGGGCAUCACAGGGGCGUCGUGGGUGCCCGUGGCGGCCCUGUGCCUGUGCAUAUAUUGCGACGCCGCAGGGCUCCAGCCUGUGCCAUUCGUUAUUAUGACUGAGAUGUUUUCUUUCCAGCUCCGUGGUACAGUCACCUCAAUCGUGAUCUCCUUCGCAUGCGCACUCGUCUCCAUCCAACUAAGAGUGUUCCAGCCCCUAGCAAACGCCGUGGGACUGUACCUCAUCUUCUGGCUCUUCGCCGGGAUUUGCCUCAUUAGUACCGUCUACAUCUUCAUGGUAGUCCCGGAGACAAGGAUGAGGAGUAUUGACGAGAUUUACGCGGAGAUAGGAGGGAAGAAAGAGAGUAAAGACUGCGAGGCUGAUGUUACCAGGCUGUAAUUAGGUUAGGUUAGCUAAGAAUUUUAGUUAAGUAAACGUAAUAACGUUAAUAAGGCUUAUGUCUUUUACGCCUGAAACGUAAAACUAGAGAGAAAAGGAAAGAAGACAUUGACCUUGUCAAAGUUAGGGAAUAAUGUGGCUAUGGCUACCCCACCACCACCCACGGCUGUACCAACCUUAUACAAGCCGAAUCAUGGGAGGGGUUCGGGGUGCGAUGCUCUCACGUUGGGUGUCUCUAACAGCGCACUCUUUCUCGACCUACAAAAUAACUUCAGUGCGCUUUACUUUCGCGUUACUGGGAAUUACGAGGCUAUCUUGCUGGAGUUUGUACCGGUUUCGCGUUGCUCCUUAGCGCCCAGCCUAACGUGACACCCUAUUAAAAGGAGUAAGUAUUACCUAAGCUGAACAGGAAUGGGUUUUGGAUAAUUGUUGCGAAUAUGUAUAUAUAAUCUCGUCUAUAUCCCUUGCGGGGUAGACAGAGCCAACAGUCUUGAAAAGACUGAUUAGCUAUUUAGCUAAUAGUGGGCCUUAAUUAUUUGACACAUACAUAUCUAUUACCUAUCUGUAUCCAUUACAGAGCCAACCGCUCUGUCUACUCCGCAAGGGAUAUAGACUUCAAAUUACUGAUAGGCCUCGUUCAGCUGAUUAUUUAAUACCGGUAAUUAUUUGAUACCGGUCCUAAGACACUUACUCAUGAUCAUGACAAUAUGUCCAGUCCAUUCAAAGCUUAGACAUAUGUAUGUCUACUUCCUCUUGAUUUGAUAAAUACUUACGUAGGUACUUAGAGAGAUGAUGAUGAUAAACAUGUUAAAUAUCAUUUUCAUUAAAUCAAAUCGUAGAGAUAUUAACAAUGCGGUAUCCACAAAUCUACACAGAUGCAUAAAGUAAUUUUAUGUUAAUAGGUCGUAGAUAAAGCAAUAACGACCAGCCGGUUUAAAUUUUAUUUGUCAGUAAUCAAAAGACAAGAUUUUCAUAGCUUCUAAACAGACACAAUUUAAAUAUAAUUUUUAAAAUCUCUGGGCCAUGUUCUCAUUCCGAUAAUCUUGAAAUAUGAAAAAGGUAAUGUUUCUAUGUGCUCGUUUAGCGCCGCACAUUUUAAUUUAUAUUUCUUAAGGUAGGUAGCUAAGUCCAAUGUAUGUAAAAAGUAACCCAGUGUUUGGCUCCAUAACAUAAAAAGUUAUAUAGUGCCAUUUUAGGUACCUAUGAUGAUUAGUUUUUAAAU